CUGCGUGAGACAAGGGAAAUCACGAAGGACUUGUUCUGGAAUAUACAAAGAAGGCCCAAGCCCAAAAAGUGUCCCAUUUCUCCCCUACGCUAUGUCCUUGACAAGUUGAAUGCCGCGUUCAAAAUGUAUUACACUCCUAGCCGAGAAAUUUCUAUUGAUGAAAGCAUGAUUGGCAUGAAGAACAGAUGUGUAUUUAUUCAGUACAUGCCAAACAAGCGUCAUGCUAGAUUCGGUGUUAAAAAGUUUGAACUUUGUGACACUAAUGGGUAUGUUAUGCAUGUUGAACUCUAUGCUGGUAAGGACUUGAAUGUCGUUUACGAUGAAGGACAAGCUCAUGGUGUUGUGAUGAAACUAAUGGAAGUGCAAUUGCUGAACAAAGGCUACCAUCUGUUUACUGACAAUUUUUAUACGAAACCUAAGCUUGCGCAGACUCUCUUUGACCACAAAACUCUCCUCACCGGGACAGUCCGUUCCAACAGUAAAGGACUUUCCAAGGAAGUUGCCACUGCAAAACUACAGCCAGGUGACAGCAUAUAUGCAAGGUGUGACAAUAUUUUGGUCGUUGCUUUUCGUGAAAAAAAAAGUCAAAAGAAGCCUGUAAUAUUGCUCAGCACCUAUCACAUUGCUGAAAAUGUUGAGAAGGAAGUCAGGGGAAAGGUCAAGGUGAAACCAGCCAUGAUUUUUCACUACAAUACUCAUAUGGGGGGCGUGGAUCUUAGUGAUAAAAAGGUUUGUCACAUUCCUGCUGAACGUCCAACUCAUCGGUAUUGGGUAAAUGCAAGGCCGUACAUUCGGCAGCAUUGCCUGAAACUUCUUGAUGGGCGAAAGGAACGAGAUUGCGUUGUUUGUAGCGACAGGUACAGUGGAGGCACGAGGAAACGAUCCAGACACUGGUGCCCUGGCUGUGGUGUUGGCUGUCAUGAAAAGUGUGAACCAAAUCUUGAACACUACAAACGACAGGCACGUGUUGGUCGUAAACGACGUAGCCCCCAAAGAGGCGAUGGCGAUAAUUAAUAACUGUCUG